AUGGAUUCUACAAAUACAAUUUCGUUUUGUUGUGUUUCAUGUGAUGUAUCAUUAUAUGGCGAUGUGGUUCAAGGAUUUGAAACAUUAUUACCAUGUAACCAUACAUUAUGUAAUGAAUGUGAAAAAGAAUCAUUAGCAGUUAAAUCUUGUAAAUCAUGUUGUUCAGACAUUUUAUAUCAUUUUCCAAAUAAAUAUUUAAGACAAUUAUUAAUUUUAAAUCAAAAACAAUUACAACAACAACAACCUCAACUUAAUCAACAACAUCAACAACAAAUUCCACAAGAACAAGAACAACAACAACAACAACAACAACAACAACAACAACAACAACAACAACAACAACAACAACAAACAAAAAAAUCAAUUUCAAUAUAUUCAGAAAAACGUCAUAGUUCAGAAGCAAAUCAAAGUAGUUUUGUAAUUUCAAAAUCUAGCGAUAAAAUAGGAAAAUCACCAUCGCCUUCAUCAUCGUCAUCAUCAUUUUCAUCAUCACCGCAAUCAUCACAAAGCGCAGAAGGUUCAGAGAUUGAUAGUAAUGAAGAAGAGAAUGAUAUUUGUAAUCAACAUAAUAAACAAUUGAUAUCGUAUUGUUUAGAUUGUAAUUGCAAUAUUUGUCAAGAUUGUAUAGAUCAAAUUCAUAAAGAGCAUAGAGAAUUACAAAUUGAUAGAAAUACGAUCAAUCAAUUUGUUUUAGAUGAAAGAUCAUACUUACAACAACAAAAUCAAGUUCAUAACCCAUAUUUAACACCUCAACAACAACAACAACAACAAAAUUCAUCAUUAGAUCAUCAGCUAUUUGAAUUGGUUAAACAGAUAAAGUUAUCAAAAGUUUUUAAACAACAAUCUAUUAAUCACUACUCUGGGGAGUUUAAAAAGGUUCAAGACGAAUUCCAUGUCUAUAAACAAUUGAUUGAAGAGCGUAGAUUAUAUUUAUUGAAAUUCAUAGAGAAUCAAUUCAAAUCCGAGCAAUUACAAUUGGAUGAGCAAAUUAAAACCUUGGAAAAUCAAGCAGAUAUCAUAAAGAAAUGUUUAACAGAUAUUAAAUCCCAAGAUAAAAAUAAAUUAAAAAUAGUUAGAAACCUCUCAAAAAUUAAUAUUAAAUUAACGAAAAUGGUAAUCAAUUCAAAUAAUGUAAACAAUUAUCAAUAUAUUCCACCAUCGAUUGCAAAUCCAGAUUUAGUUUCAAUGUCUGAUAAAUUAAGAUCAUUGGGUAGAAUUAAUUAUUCAUUUAAAGAUAAUCAACAUUUAUUGGCUUUAUCAAAGGAGAGAUCAUUCCAAUUCGAUAUUGAUUCAAAUCAUUUCCUUCCCUACAGUGAGCACCAUCAUGAUAGUAAUCCAAUGAAAGAUACUAUACUUGCUUAUAAAGUUAUAUCCUAUCAUGAUAUUUCCAAUGGUAAUCAAGUUAAUAAUUGUUUAGUCACAAUUUCGGAGAAUCAAAAAUCUGGACAAAUUGAAAUCUCAAAACUUCAAGUGAAAUCAAAUCAAAUUCAAUCGAAAAUAGUUGUACCAUUGAAAUCGUUUAAAACAAAUUGCUCAGCUUGUUUCACAAGUAGUUUUAACUCUGCCGCCACUUCUUCCACCACUGUUGCGAAUUAUGAAAUGUUUUUAAUUGGUGGUAUCAAUCAUAAAUCUAAAGAUCUUUUAAAAGAAAUAGAUAAAUAUAAUUUACAAACCAACAAAUACGAACCAAUGGUUGCAACAUUAUCAAAACCUAAAUAUGGUUGUUUAACUUGUUUCGAUGGGUCUCGUUAUAUUUAUAUCUUUGGUGGUAUUUUCAAAUCACUACAAUUAAGUAGAGCUUUCAUUGAAAUUGAAAGAUUGGAUAUCACCACCAAUAAAUGUGAAAUCAUAUCAAAGUUUCAAGAUCCUGAUCUUUUAGAUUUCAGUAAAAGCCCAUUAAUUGCAUGUCAUUUUCAUUCAAACUUUAUUUAUUACUUGACCAAUAAAUCAUUCAAAAGAUUUAAUCUUUCCAAGAAUACUUUUGAAAAUUUGGAUUUCCCAAAUCCAACACUAUAUGGCGAUGUUGCCAAUAUUAAUGGUUCAAUAUCUUUGAUGUACGAUUCUGGUAGAUUCAUUCUAUUAUUUAAUGAUAAUAUUUUCCUAUUCCCACUCUCUCAAUUAAAACCUACUGAUGUUGCUCCAUUGAAAUGGUAUCCAAAAUAUACUAAAAUUAACUCUACUGAUUUCACCUCCUCUUCAAUGUCUUGCUUAAAUUUAAUUGGUUCAAAACAAUCUUGGCAACAACAAUCUCAAAAUCCUUCUUAUUUAGUUCAAAACUUACAUGGUUUAUUAAUUUAUAAUGAAACUCAUUAA